GAUGACCGAGGUGCUGUGGCCCGCUGUCCCCAACGGGACGGACGCCACCUUCCUGGCCGGCGCGGGUGCGCCCUGGGGCAACAGCACAGCGGUCUCCACGGCGGCCGUGGCCACCCCGUACCGCUGCGCGCUCACCAAGACCGGCUUCCAGUUCUACUACCUGCCGGCAGUCUACAUCUUGGUGUUCAUCAUCGGCUUCCUGGGCAACAGCGUGGCCAUCUGGAUGUUCGUCUUCCACAUGAAGCCGUGGAGCGGCAUCUCAGUGUACAUGUUCAACUUGGCGCUGGCGGACUUCUUGUACGUGCUGACUCUGCCCGCGCUCAUCUUCUACUACUUCAAUAAGACCGACUGGAUCUUCGGGGACGCCAUGUGCAAGCUGCAGCGCUUCAUCUUCCACGUGAACCUGUAUGGCAGCAUCCUGUUCCUCACCUGCAUUAGCGCGCACAGGUAUAGCGGCGUGGUGUACCCGCUCAAGUCCCUGGGCAGGCUCAAGAAGAAGAACGCCAUGUACAUCAGCAUCCUGGUGUGGCUCAUCGUGGUGGUGGCCAUCUCCCCCAUCCUCUUCUACUCAGGCACCGGGGUCCGGAAGAACAAAACCACCACCUGCUACGACACCACCGCCGACGAGUACCUGCGAAGUUAUUUCAUCUACAGCAUGUGCACGACCGUGGCCAUGUUCUGUGUCCCUUUGGUGCUGAUUCUGGGCUGUUAUGGAUUAAUUGUCAAAGCUCUGAUUUGCAAUGAUCUGGACAACUCGCCUCUGAGGAGGAAAUCCAUUUAUCUGGUGAUUAUAGUCCUGACUGUUUUCGCUGUGUCUUACAUCCCUUUCCAUGUGAUGAAAACGAUGAACUUGAGAGCCCGGCUGGAUUUUCAGACCCCUGAAAUGUGUGCUUUCAAUGACAGGGUUUAUGCCACUUAUCAGGUGACAAGAGGUCUAGCAAGUCUCAACAGCUGUGUGGAUCCCAUUCUCUAUUUCUUAGCAGGAGAUACUUUCCGAAGAAGGCUCUCACGAGCCACCAGGAAAGCUUCCAGAAGAAGUGAGGCAAAUUUGCAAUCCAAGAGUGAAGACAUGACCCUCAAUAUUUUAUCUGAGUUCAAACAGAAUGGAGACACAAGCUUGUGAAGAAUCGGGAAUCCUUUAACAUCCACUUUUGUAAAAUGGUCUUUAGAUGUCAAGCCUGUUUUCCAGUAUGUGAUGAUCAAGGACUAGAACUACUCUUUGACUUCUUGGCAUGUGUUUUCCAGAGCGUUCUUUCUAUAGCUUCAUCCAUCACGUAGUGAACAAUGUUGAUGUGCACACGCCUGCCAAAUAGCAACAAGAGUGAUCUCGCCAGCUCCUUCCAGGCAGACAGAGGCCUCUGGGAAGAAUGUGCCCACAGUGGGGACAUACAGAGGCUCAAGAUAAAGAUAAUGCCAUGAGUAAGUAUUUUAGUUAGCAAAGGCAGAAAUCUAGUUGCAUUUAGAUGAAAUAACAGCUCACACUAUAGAACUCAUCAUUUAGUAAAUGUCACACUACAGAACAAUCUUAUACCAAAUUCAGGUUGUUUUAUGGCUCAAAAAUUGGUGUCGUUGACGCUUGGAAUAUCGCCCUGUGUUCAUACUGAGUUCAUAAAAAGUCAAACUAAGUAGAGCUAUAGAGAGAAGAAAAACAGCAGAAGAGUAGGGUUCAGACUCAAUACUGAGACUUUGGAGAUUGACUUAGUUUAGAAUGCUUGGCUUUCUCAUGACCAGUCUUCUAGGAUUCAAAAGGUUGGAUGGCAUCCCUUCAUUGGGCCUGAGGAAGUUGGCACAGCAUUGAAGCCACAGUCAGCCAGAAAUGUGUGACAUCUGCUGCUGUGUUUUCCAGGCUUUUGAAUUCUAAUCCUUGGCUGAAAAUUCUUAACAAAGCUUACCAGUUAUGAUGUGAACCUGUGACCUGUAAGUUUGUUCAUUCUACUUUAGACAGUACAUGAAACUGUCUUUGAGGACAAGAGACAUCAGUGCUUAUUAGCGCUGCGAUUGGAGUAUUGACAGUACUUUUAAAAAGAUGUGUUAGUGGAUUAGACUUACUGAAACUGAAACCUUAUUUAGAUUAGAACUAUCCUAAUAGUAUUUAUUGAUGAUGCUCACAGUCCUGUAGUUGUACAGAUUGAAAACCUGUCUCCAAUGAUCCAAUAUACCUGUGUAAAUUCUAUUUAUUACAUGUAUAAUAUUGAUAUGUCUCACUGAUGUAUUUUACAUAAUAUAUGAUGCAUAGAUAAGAUGAGCUAUUGUAUAUUAUGAUGUUUUUCAAAUGUCAGUAUCUUCAAACAUUUAUGUCUUGAGAUUUUUUUUGAAUCUAAAAUAUGAAAUCUAUUCUGUGACAAAAGUAAUUUUCCUUAGAAAUACUUUUUGCACAUUUAUCUUUUUUAUUUGGGGUUCUUUCUCAAUAGCUACAAUUUGGUGUCAGACUAGAUUAAUAGUAAAUACAAACUAUCUUCUGUAUACUGGGUCUGUAUUGUCUGUAUAUGAUAUUCUAUCAUAGAGAAGUUUGUAUUUUCAGGAAGUUUGGGAUUAUAACUCUCCCAAAUAUGGUCAGAGUUUUCAUUUCCAGAUGCAAAGGCUUAAGUUUAAGGUAGAUCCAUAUGCUUUAGAAAUCUUAGGAGAUGGAGAUUGGAGAAGCAACACUGGCUUCUAGGAAAAAAUGUAGAAAAAUAGGGGAGAAAGGCAGCUGGUGUAAUCAAUACUAUGUUCUGUUCUGCUUCAGUUUUUGUGUUGGUUCCUUCUUAGUGAAAUAGUGUGAUUUUAAUUUUAAUCAAGUUUAAAAGAAACACACUACUAGCAAAUUCAAUACUGAUUGAUAUUGAUCUGUUUCCUUUGUUCAGUUCUUAACUUCAAUCCCAAGUUUUAUAGUAAUUACAUUACUUGGUUGCUGAAUGAGUCCUGUUGCAAUUUUUGUAUUUUGUUUUAUAUUGUAUUAUACACAUUGCAAAUUAAUAUGAAGGGGAAUGUAUGUGGCUUACCAAGAUUUGUGAAUUUGAACUCAAGUCAGUUUUUGUGCUUUUUCAAAUAUGUUUAUUUUUAUAUUUGUGGUUUUGAUAUAGACAAUUUAAUUAGGUUUAUUUGUGGUUAAUUGUGCCAUUGAAUGAAUGGUAUGAAGACAGUGUUACUUGACAUUCGGAGUUUUCUCAGGUUUAUCUAACUAAGUGGUAGCUUAAAAAAUUCUAGACUAGUUUGUGUGUAAGUCUAUCUAAACAAAAAGAAUGUGUAUUUCCUGUAAAUUUGCAUGCAGAAGUAUAAAGUAUAUAUAUGUGGAGAGAGAGAGUGUUUUGGUGUGUGUGUGCGUGCAUUUGCGUGUGUACAUUUGUGUGUGUGCGCUCAAAGCAUGGCUUCUAGCAUUAUAUCUGCUGUUUUUAACAGCAGAGCUUUGAUUUGAUCAUGGUCACUAGAAUUGUAUCUCCCAUAGGCAGUAAAACUGAAAACGUCUCAAUAAAACUAUAAAACAUGG